AUGGACGAAAGUCUGCGCCUUAUAUGGGACGCUAUAGAUGAGGGUCAGUUUGACCAAGCACUGGAUCGCAUACAAAAGGCGCUCCGUCGUUCACCAAACUCCAAGACACUAUGGGGCCUCAAAGGGUUGUGUCAGGCCAGCUUGAGCGACUUUACCGGCGCAAUCGACACUUGUGAACGUAUCCGAAAGGCGAGUCCAUCGACACAAGACACCUAUCAAACGAUCCAAGACAUACUGAAGAAUGCUUCGUCAGAGCCUAUCAUUCAGCUAUAUCUGAAUCAAACAAUGGAGGCAGGAUUCAAAGCGUGCAAGACGGAAGCACUCGGACGACUUUGGUGCAUGACGGCUGUGCGUACUGGCGAUUUCGUCAUGCAGCGUCGUGCCGCUGUUGAACUGCAAAAGGGCUUCUUGGCAAGACAGUACUUCUUUCUUGCCGUUAUGAGCAUGUUUUCCUUGGCUUCUAGGAGUCAACAACCUAAUGAAGUCAGGCUGCUUGACAUGCUCAUGUACAGAAUGAUGUCGAAAGCUGCUCAAAACACGAUUCAAGAUAUUGAGGAGAAUCCGCGCAUAUUUAAUGUCGAGGAAUUCUACCUGCUGCUUGAUGUCCUCGAGCGUCAAGAAAAGCACUCUGAGAUGCUUGACAUGCUUGAUGGACGCCUCGGUGAGUUAUUUGGCCAAAGUCAAGACUUCAAGCAGCUCAAAGUAGAUUUGCUCGGGAAGCUCAAGAGGACUGAUGAGCAGCUCACCUAUGCAACGUCCUGUAUUUCAGGGGGAAUCGACGACUGGCACUUUCAUCGAGUCUUGAUUGCAAGCGCCGAGCGACCCGUGCUAGUAGGUCAGUCUCGAAAUGACUUGCUCGCUCUGGUGGCUUGGUCCGCAUCUCAAUGCACAGAUCUAGUCAAAGCUUUAAAAACGUACAUGCAGGCAUUUGGUGGUACUCUGACCGCAUAUGAGGAUGUAUUGCCUUUUGUACAGCGGCUCGAGGAAGACGCCGCACCGUCAUUUCUCGAUUCCUUGAGGGCGCAGAAAAAGGACCUCAACAAUCCAAUCAAAGCUGUUUUGCUGCACGUCAACAUCUGCAAAUUGCACUUUACGCUCUACCUGCAUGCAUCCACAGACAAAGUCGAACUGUUAGAGUUUGCACAGCUAUGCCUCCGAGACUACGCGGCCUCUUUGUCACUGGGAGAGAAGUUGGAAGAUACCGACAACCAGUACGGAGAUGACUUGCUUCUAUUGGCGUGUCAGAUACUACUUGACCCAUUCUCACGACUUGAUAGGAGCUCGGUACCACUCUUGCAAUGUGCUGCAUUAUUGGAGUACGGUCAUGCGCGUUCAAAGCAUAAUUACCAAUUCAAGCUUUAUCUAGUCCGCAUUUAUCGUCUUCUCGGCGCUUGGCGGCUAGCAGAAGAUGUCUACAAAACCAUGAAUGUCAAGCAAAUCCAACGCGAUACGUUGGCAUUCAUCUUGUAUGAAGAUGCGACAUUUGAACACCUCGCUACAACACAGCUUACAGGACUCAAGCUAUCACAAUCGCCGUACUCUGCGAACCGGGCAGAAACACCAGAGAUGAUUUGUCAAGCGAUUGAACAUGGUACCUACAGCAAAGUCGAAGAAUUUCUCAAAUUUCAAGACCGCGUCGAGCAUUCUUACUGGCGGUAUCGGUCCACCACUGAGAUUGCACGACUGGAGAUGCUGUUGGACAAGAAGUCAACUGUUGUGAUUGAAAAAGCUGAUCAGGUCUUUGACAAUCGCAGCAUGGAUGUUGUACUCAAUUGCUUGCCGGCUCAUGUCGAGUCGGUUCGACCGUUGCCAUUCUCUGGCCCAAGCAAUACGGAAGGCGUGAUCAGUGAUGAGGAUCUAGCAGGUCUGAGAGACUAUCAAAACAGGGUGCAGGUCAUGCAGACUCUGACCAAACCUUCGAAGGAAUCUCGGUUAGAGGAUAAUGCUGGUCUCCUUGCAUCGCUCAGUCAACUUUCUGUCGAUGGGAAACCCAAGCAGCCUGAUCUGUUGGCGAGUCAAUUGGAAGCAAUCUCCAUGCCUCCUGAGGAUGCCAUGAUUUCUCGGGAGACAUUGCAUGCUCUGGGUACUAUCCUCGAACAGUUCAAGCUGGCAUCCAUGGUACUGGCCGGGUUGAAGAAGUCUCAAAGAACUGCAUUGGCUUCCACUGCAUCUCUGCUACGCGACAAGCACGCUCAGUUGACUGUCUCCUUGGACAGCCUGCGGAAGCAGGUCUCGGCCACAAAAAGUCUCGUUGCAGAGAGCGUGUGGCUGUUGCGCAAGCGGAAAGUAUUUAUGCCUUGGCCAAUGUAG